AUGGCACAGCAGGGACAACCGCAAACCGUAGCUCCAGUGGAACCAUGCUGGAGUUACCCGGGAUACCAGGCGUACCUGGCCCGGAUUGACCCGGCUGCGCAGCCCUACCGCAACGUUGUCGAUCACUUCUGGUCCAAUUUUUUACGCCAGUAUUUUGCUACAUGGGAAGACUGUGAACACGAGAGAUAUCCAUGCACUACCCAUCCGAGACCUAGACAGCAUUGGAAUGUCUAUCUGACCAACAUUCGUGAUCAACAAGCCCACCAUGUCAUUGCCGUCGAAGCUAGGUGGUUUCCCUCCGACACUUCACCUGGCUGGGAGAACAACUACGACUGGACAAAUGUCCGGGAGACGCUCCGGGCCCAUAUGCUCUCCGAUUGGACCAUGCGGACGACAGUGCAAACCACGUACGGCAUCGUGGCAGUUGGCGACCGCGUUCGCUUUUACUACAUGUCUAAGAAUGAUCUGGAGGGUAGACUCCGUACCUGGAAUGACCAUCCUGUGGAUGCCCCAGGGGCGGAUCACUCGCCCAUCUUGAACAUUCAUAGCCUCGUUGACCAGGGAGUGAUUCAUCAGCUGAUGCUUCGAAUGCGUCAGGAUGUUCUCUCUGGGUGCAAUACCUACUAG